ACAUUGCGGCUGACCAAUCAAUUCAUACCACCAAUAUGGCGCAGCCCUGUUCCUGCAGUGCUACCAUACACAGGGUAAUUCCGGAGCUGCUAAAAAUAACUGAAGCAUGUCUGCUGACUGAAGUCCAAAGAGAAGUUCAACACAAGUGUUUCAGCCACUCUGUGAAACGCUCGUUGGUGAACUGCGCUGCCAAGAUUUUGAACAAUCCUGGAAACAGAAUCAGAUGAGAGAAGCAGAGCAGGCUGAUGAGGGAACAGACGCAUCUUCAAUGUUUCAGAUUCUUCAGAGAGGCAGCACCGAACCCUGUGAUAUGUGUGACAAGGAGGGUGUGACAACAAGUGAGGAAGUGUUGCACUGAGGGAUUCCACUGUUGUCUGGAGACAGCACAAGAACCUCAACAGCAGCAGCAGCCAUGGUGGACCCAGCAGCAGCAGAGCAGUUCCUCGAUGCCAACCCGCAAUUCGCCAAGCAGUACUACGACUUCAACUUCCGGCCUAAGGUCAUCUCAGACCUGCUGGACAAUAACCGUAAGACAGCGGUGGAUAUCAGCAAGUUCCAUGACCUGACAAUGGUGGAGGAGAGCGAGAUCCUUUUUGACCUGGUGCGGGACAUCCAGGACAACCUGCAGAUGGAGAAAUCUGUCUUCAACUUGAUGAAACACCUCAGCUUCAUGAUGAGGGCCGACCGCAUGAGUCUUUUCAUGUACCGGCAGAGGAACGGUGUGGCUGAGCUGGCAACAAGGUUAUUUAAUGUCCAUAAAGAUGCCGUGUUUGAUGACUGCCUGGUGCCACCGGACAGUGAGAUUGUGUACCCGUUGGAUAUUGGCCUUGUGGGCCAAGUGGCCUCCACCAAGAAGAUGGUCAACGUUCCCAACGUGUCUCAGAGCCCAUAUUACAAUGACUUUGUGGACAAGCUAACGGAGUAUCAGACCAAGAACAUCCUCGCUAUCCCCAUCAUGAACGGUAAAGACAUGGUGGCGGUCAUGAUGGCUGUCAACAAGUUGGACGGGUCAUGCUUCACUGCCAAGGAUGAAGAGACCCUGAACAAGUACCUGAACUUUGCCAACCUGGUCCUGAGAGUUUUCCACCUGAACUACCUACACAACUGUGAGACCAGGAGGGGACAGGUGCUGCUGUGGUCGGCCAGCAAGGUGUUUGAAGAGCUGACAGACAUAGAGAGGCAGUUCCACAAGGCCUUGUACACAGUCCGAGCUUUCCUCAACUGUGACCGUUACUCUGUGGGGCUGCUGGACAUGACCAAGACCAAGGAGUUCUUUGACCUCUGGCCUGUUCUGAUGGGAGAUGUCCCACCGUAUGAUGGACCAAAAACUCCUGACGGCAGGGAAAUUAUCUUCUACAAAGUGAUUGACUACAUUCUUCAUGGUAAAGAGGACAUCAAAGUCAUACCGAAUCCCCCAGCAGAUCACUGGGCCCUGGUUAGCGGUUUACCAGCCUACGUAGCCGAAACUGGACUGAUUUGUAACAUCAUGAAUGCAGCUGAGGAUGAAUUUUUUAGCUUCCAGAAAGAGCCUCUGGAUGAAUCCGGCUGGACCAUUAAGAACGUCCUGUCUAUGCCAAUCGUCAACAAGAAAGAAGAGAUUGUGGGUGUGGCCACAUUUUACAACAGGAAGGAUGGGAAACCCUUUGAUGAAAUGGAUGAAACGCUGAUGGAGUCCCUGGCCCAGUUCCUGGGCUGGUCAGUGCUGAACACAGACACCUACGACAAGAUGAACAAGCUGGAGAAUAGGAAGGACAUCUACCAGGACAUGGUGCUGUACCAUGUCAAGUGUCGCAAGGAUGAAAUCCAGAACAUACUGAACACCAGGGAGAGAUGGAGGAAGGAACCGGAUGAGUGUGAGGAGGAGGAGCUCGAAGAGAUUCUGUCGGAGGUUUUGCCGGACUCUAAGAAAUCUGAGCUCUUCGAGUUUCACUUCUGCGACUUUGAACACAGUGAGCUGGACCUGGUGAAGUGCGGCAUCAAGAUGUACUAUGAACUGAAAGUGGUGGACAAGUUCCACAUUCCCAGAGAGGUCCUGGUGAGGUUCAUGUAUUCGGUGUGUAAAGGUUACAGGAGGAUCACCUACCACAACUGGAGACAUGGAUUCAACGUUGGACAGACCAUGUUCACCCUGCUGAUGACAGGCGAUCUGAAGCGCUACUACACAGACCUGGAGUGUAUGGCCAUGGUAACUGCUGGCUUCUGCCACGAUAUCGACCACAGAGGAACCAACAACCUCUACCAGAUGAAGUCUGGUCACCCUCUGGCAAAGCUUCAUGGCUCCUCCAUCCUGGAAAGACACCAUCUGGAGUUUGGGAAGACUCUGCUGAGAGAUGAAGCACUGAACAUUUAUCAGAAUCUAAACCGCCGUCAGCACGACCUCGUCAUCCACCUCAUGGAUAUCGCCAUUAUCGCCACGGACUUGGCUCUCUACUUCAAGAAGAGGACGAUGUUCCAAAAGAUCGUGGACCAGUCAAAAACCUAUGAGAACCGGAACGACUGGACCAAAUACAUGAUGCUGGAGACCACGCGCAAAGAGAUUGUCAUGGCCAUGAUGAUGACUGCUUGUGACCUGUCUGCCAUUGCCAAGCCGUGGGAGAUUCAGAGCAAAGUGGCGCUGUCUGUGGCUGCAGAGUUCUGGGAGCAGGGAGACCUGGAGAGGACGGUGCUGCAGCAACAACCCAUUCCGAUGAUGGACAGAAACAAAGCAGAUGAGCUGCCGAAGCUUCAAUGUGGUUUCAUCGACUUUGUCUGCUCGUUUGUGUACAAGGAGUUCAGCCGUUUCCAUGUGGAGAUCACCCCCAUGCUGGAGCGCCUAAUGAACAACAGGAAGCAGUGGAACGCCCAGAAAGAGCAGCACGAGGCCAAAGUGGCCGCCAUCGAGGCGGCCAAGAAAGCCAAGGAGGAGGAAGCUGUAGCAGCCAGACAAGACGUUCUGGACUCGGUGUGAAGUCAUUUCAACGUAAGUUUUUCCCUUAAUUUUCCUCUGUACUGAGCAAACGUGAACUCAUUGGAACAAAACUGACCAUAUCCUGUCUGACUAGCAAUACAAACACACAUACACACACACACACUUUAUGUUUACAGUGAGGCAUAGUGCUAUAUACAUAUUAUAUAUUCAUAUACUAUAAUUUCUUUUUUUAUUAUGUAAAACAGCACAUUUUCUCACUUUUUAGUAGUAUACAUACUAAGCACAAAUUAUCGUUCAGUUGUUUGUGAUUAGUUUUGUUACAGUUCAUUUUUCCUUUUUAUAAAAGUUUACACCUUAUUUCUCAAUCAGUAUGUAUAGCACUAAAUCUUUAGUUUUGGACAUCAGUGAGCCUGGAAGACAUCGUCCGGUCUUCUAGGCCACGUCACUUGCUGUUAUUUAAAAAAAAAAAAGCACUGAAUAAGGCGUCUUUGUACUUAGUGUGCGUUCCUAAAAAAGUCAAAGGAGAGUUGAGAGAUGUAAACAUUCAAUUUUUUGUGUGUUACCAAGGAGCUGAGUAGCUAGAGAAAAGACGAGGAAGAUGAUGUUUUUGGGGGGGGGGCUUGAAACAAAGCCUUGGACCCACAGAGAGACAGAAAGUGAUAGCUAGAGUCGGACUGUGUUUUACUGAAAUUCCUGGGCAAGUAGAGGAGAAACAGAUGUCAGGAGGAAUGAAAACAAGACAAUGAGGACAAGGAGAGAAGAUUGGGAAUCACCUCCACGCGUUCUCAAGGACCAACCAGCCAUCACCUAUUAACUCCUCCCAACCUCUCCUCGCUGACCCGUAAGCACCAGCAGUGUCUGACUCAAACACAAGACGAAGACAAAACACUAAGCUUCACAAGGACACAUGGUCAAGACUCCAAGAAAGGAACAAGCUAAAAUCCAUGAUGUGGCAAGCGGAGGACAAAGACAGAGAUUAUUACCAUCUGGAGGGGCUUAGUGGUAGGAGUCGUAGUAUAAAAAGUAAAGCAAAGCCCUAUACGAACCUUAACCGCCCAUUAGUUGGGAAAACCCUCACACAGAGAACAUUUCUGAUGAAAAACAAUGUAAAGGACGAGGGGAGAGCAUCCAGUAGAACGAGGAAAUCAGAAGACAGGGAUGGAUGGAUGUGAGGUAGAGAUGCUCAGCUCAUACAGUACCUCCCGGAGGAGAAAUCCAAUUCUCAGCUGAUUGCUCUUUUCGUUAAUCCCCAUCCCUUGCACAUUGGUGCCGGUUUUGUCGCCAUGGGAUUGGCAGACUUGGAGGCUCUCUCCCUUUUCCUAGCAUAUUGCUACUGGCUGCAUCAGGAAUGUAAAUUAGGCACUAGCCAGACUGCACUUCAAGCUAGAAUCAGUCACAUGCAGUCAACCGGAUGGCUAGGCAAGUCUACUUGUAAAGCACCAAAAAGCUCCACAAUCUUUGGGCAAGCAGAAAUGGGGAAUUAAACAGUGAUUACAUUCAGAUUCUUGAAUACAUUCCACUUGAACCAACAAAUUCAUCUGCCUGAACCGAUCCACGGAUGGACUGUGAGUAGACCAAACGGAUACUUUUGACACUCAUCAAGCUAACCCAAUGUCCAGUUCUCUGCUAUGACUGAACUUCAUGUGAAAGAAGUCUGAAUUGGGAUGGUCUCGACAAAGUGCAUGCGAUAGAUCCAUCUACCAUUCAUCCAGUAUGGUGUUAUAGUGUCAGUGGCUACCAUCUUUAUUUCCCCAUUUUAGUCCUGCUUGCAGUCCAAAUGUAAACAGUAACUGUUGCAUUGGCUGUGCCAUUUGGGGGUGUCAUUAGGCUGCAGCCUUUAGCGGACACAUGUUCAGUGGGACCCUUUCAAAGAUACAGGUACAUCAAGACCCAUUUAGAUGUGGAAAAAUUACUUGGAACCAACUGAUGAAGCACAAAGUUAUUUUGUAAAAACUGGCUGUGCAUUUUCUGAACAUUUGUCAGUGGCUCAAGGUUUGGAUAACCAAGAAGAAAGGAGGCAGGCCACCAAAGAACUUCUCGUCAAUUAACCACCUAUAUUUUUGCAUCAAAGAGAAUUACUCCUGGGACCAAUGGGCCUCAUUCACUGAUUGUUCUUAAUUUCUUUCUUCUUCGAUGUGUUCUUAUUUGGGAUUUGUUCUUGGUUAAGAAUGUACACACUUUAUUUUAAAAUUCUAUUAUCCUUAUCCUAUUAAUUUCUUUAAAUGUCUUGGAUAUUGCCGCCUGUCUUGAGGCCACAUCUGUGCCAGCAUUUGACCAAGUUGUUCUUGGUUGUCUAGGACCCCAUCUGAGGUCAGACAUGGGACAGUUGACGGGGACCUGGAUGCACACAUGGAUGUACACUCAGUUGAUGGUACACCUGAAAGAGCCAGGUAUGGACUUGAUGCACUGGCCCAGUUUAGAUAACUCUGAGCAAGCCUGUCCCCCUGCGCCAUUUGUUUUUAUGCCUCUGUGUCAGUAAUAGCCAUGACUUGGAGGCAUUAUGUUUUCAGAUUGUCCAUCCAUACAAUCUGCCCUGUUGUGAAUGUAAUAUCUCUGAAACGCCUUGAGGGAGUUUCUUCAAAUUUGGAACAAAUGGCCACUUGGACUCAAGUGGUUAGAGCUUGGUGGUUACAGGUCAAAGGUCAGUGUGACCCUCGCGUUCAUCUCAUUCCCAUGAAUUUGACUGGUUGGUCAAGGCAUACAACCAUGAAGCGAUAAUUCUAGUUUGCCUCAGAUUUGAGAUUAAACUAUUAUCAGCCUUCUCCUUGUACAGCGCUGUAAGAGCAUCCAGUGCCAUCGUUUGUAUUAUUUUAUAUCCACUAUUGAUGCUGCUACAUAUGAGAGCUCAUUUGCUGUUCUCAACUUCAUAACUACCUGAGCUUUUCUUCAGUUUGGAGUCUGGUACUCCACCGUCUUUAGGCUUUCGUUUAG